AUGGGACACAGCGGGGCAAGGGGGAGGCAGGCGAGCGACGUUACAAAGGCCAUCUCCAAGCGCUUCAAGAUGAAGGACCUGGGCAGCCCAGACAUAUGUCUCGGCAUCAAGGUGCAGCACAACCGCAAGGCCAGGACCGUCACCAUGAGCCAGGAGCACUACCUGCGCAACGUGCUGGAGAGCUUCGGCAUGGCUGACUGCAAGCCUGUCGGCACGCCGCUCUGCACGGGCUACGUCGACAAGCCAGCCGACAAGGAGGAGCCACUCCCGGACGUGCCGUUCCGCGAGCUGCUUGGCUCCCUCCUCUAUGCUGCGACGAUGACGCGCCCAGACAUCUCGGCGGCUGUCUCCAUCCUGUCUCGCCGUAUGCAGCACUUCGGCAUGGACCACUGGAAGGCUGCCAAGCACCUUCUUCGCUACAUCAAGGGCACCUUGUCCUACACCAUCAAGUACGCCGCCACUGGCGACACCGGCAACGGCAGCACUGCCGACGGCGUGCUCUCAGCGUACUCGGAUGCGUCGUUCGCCUCCGACGUUGACACGCGACGUUCCCGCACGGGCUUCGUCGUCUUCUGUUCCACGGGCCCCGUGUCCUGGAACUCCAAGCUGCAGGCCACCGUGGCCACAGCCUCCGCCGACGCGGAGUACAUGGCUCUCGCAGCCACCGCACAGGAACUCAUGUUCCUUCGCCAACUCCAGGCGGAGCUCACCGGCGCCGUCCUGUGCGAGCCCACGCUCGUCCACACGGACAACCAGCCGGCGCAGCGCGUUGCCGAACACGCCGCCUCGCGCAUGCGGCACAUCCUCGUCAAGUACCACUACAUCCGCGAGUGCGUCGACACCAAGAGGAUUGUGCUGAGCUACCUCGCCACGGAGCACAUGAUCGCAGAUCUCCUCACGAAGAUCCUCCCUCGGCCCAAGACGGCUCAGUUCUGCACGAUGCUGUUCGACCAGCGUCCUCUGCCAGGCUGCCAGCCACGGGCCCGUCCUCAUUCGGGUCGGUCGCCACGUCCUUCGACUCCGCGUCAGGACCUCUGA